AUGAUUAUUCCAAGUGAAUUUUUAAGCUCAAAGGAAAUACUAUGUCCUAAUAGAUUGUUAUUAUUGGCAAGAGAUGUAGCGGAUGCUGUUGAUGGUGUUGAAGAUGCUUACAAUGACACUGUUUCAACUGCUAAAUCCUUUCAAAGUUGGGACACAUGUAUGGAUAAUAAUGUUUGCAAAUGGGUUGCAAUUGUUGGGAUUAUAUUGGCAUCCUUAUUGGUGAUAUGGCUUUUAUCGACUUUGAUCCAAGUCAUCUGUUGCGGUGCAACUUGUAUAGGCGCUUUAUGUUGCUGUUUCUUCAAAUGUUGUUCAUGUUGUUGUCCCUCAAAAUCCAAAAAUCGUGAUGUUAGUGAUGGCAACCAACAAUUUUCAAACUUCUUCAAUAAACAAAAAGUCGCCAAAUUUUCUCCAUUGGCUAAUCCGAACAUGUAUCCUCCAAAACAAGAAACUCCAAAUUACUAUGAACAAUUAAAUGGCGAUUCCCAAAAUGCUCCUCAAGAUUUGAAUGAUCCUUAUGAUAAAAAUUCUUUUAAUAACUAUCCAAAUAACGCUUAUGAAAAAAUAGAAAUGGCUUCCUUUCCAAAUCAACCUGGAGCUCAAUAUCAAAAUCAACAUCAAAAUCAAGGCCAUACUCAUUUUUAA